CCCUCUCCGGGUCCGACGACGGCGGCUCCGGGACGCGAUGCGCCCGCAUGGCGGUUCGUCCAUCGUAGCGGCGUCCAACCUCCCAGCGCCCUUGACCAACGGAGAACUGCUGCAGGUCGCCAGCCUGAGCGAUGUGCCCGACUCAGAAGCUUUGGCGGCGUGGCUCUCGGAGAGAGGCUUAGACACCUCAGACUGGGGCAAAGAAAAUACAAAAGAUGUCAGCAAGUACUGGAAGGAGAUCAAGCUGAACGAGGCGGGCCUCGAAGUUUGGAAGACAGCCGAUGGGACGCUGCAGCCCGUGCGCACCACCCACGUGUUGCGGGCCAAGGUGACCUCGCCCGACCGGUAUCAGCGUGGCAUCUUCCUCUUCAACACCUGGCAGCAGUACGGCGACGGGCGCACGCGCACACGGAACGGUCUGCUGUCCGAGAAGUUGACCAUUGAUGAAAUGCCACUGGAGCAGAAUCUUCACGAGGUCUGCCGAAGGGCGGUGACGGAGGAAGAGAUGCAGCGGGUCGUCGAGUCCACCAUGAAGAUUGGGCCCGGUCGACCGGCGCCGGAGUUCGACCCCAGCUAUCAAUGCCCCUUGGAGGUGGUCGAUGAGCAUUUCGUAGAUCACAUCAUCGAGCUGGAGAAGUCCAAAAGUUAUCCAGGACUUCUCACCAUGUAUCAUUUGUACACUGUCGACAUUAUUUGCACUGGCUUGCCGUUAACUGACUUGAACACACUUGAGUUUGAACAUCCCGACAAGGACCUAAAGAUUGAAAACAGCCCUGUGGAGGAUGGCAAUCGCAAGCUCAAGUAUAUUCAUGCCUGGGUGUGGCUUGAGUGGCCACAGAUCCAGCGCUACCUUUUUGAAGGUAGUGUGCUGAAAGAGACCAAAGGUAAAGGGUCAUUCGGAGAUGCAGCUGCAUUAGCCAUGUGGCUGUCGCAGUUCGAUCUGCACAUGGACCGAUGGGGCAAAGGAACCCUGAAGUCCGUGGAGAGCUUGUUCCGAGAGAUCGAGAACGAAGACUCGCAACUGGAGCUCUGGGGCCGUCAUGAUGGGGUACCCAUGCUCAUGCGUGUGACGCAUGUCCUUCAGCUACGGGUGACUCAUUCAGAUCCAAGUUUGAAGGGGAAAUUCCUCUUCAGUUCUUGGUCGGAGUCAGCCACUGGCAAGAAGCGUGUAACCCACACGCUGCCAGCCAUGAAGCUCACCUUGAAAGACAUGCCGUACGACCUGGAGAAGUUCACCACCUGCGCCGGCGCCUUGGUCGCGGACCAGCUGAGCCACGUGGUCGACGUCCACUACCGGUUUACAGCCGACACUUCCUUGAGCGAUUCCGAGCCCUCUGGUGUGCAAAUGCAAGAAGUUCAAUUUGUUGAACAACGUCAUGACGUGGAGGAAUCGCCCUCCUAUAGGGGUCUCUUCACCAUGUACCACCUCUACUGCAUGGAAGCUGAAUGCACAGGUUUGCCAAUCAGCGACUUCGGCUCCAUGGAUUUGAAGGAUGGGGCUAUUCACAGUUUAAAGGGUUGGACUUGGUCCUCAGCUCAACGAGUCAUGGAUAUCAUGAGACAUCGUUCCCUGGUGCUGGAAAGAGAACAGGGCCAAGCGAUCAUGAUUUGGCAAAAGAUGAGUCAAGAGAGCUUGGAUGUUGCUGGGAGGCUGGAUGACUUGCUCCGGAAGCUUGCAGAGACCUAUCCCGAGUGUCACAGCUCCAUCGCCGAGAGCAGAGACGUGCUGAGCUUGCUUGAGAACAAGCUGAUGGAUGCCUCAGGCCUGGACUCCGCCGAUCAGAGCCCCAGUGGCCGGCGCCGUCAGAGCUUUGCAGAGACGCUGCCACCUUCGAUGUUGGCGGCCAUGGAGAUGUCAAGCAUCGCCUCUGACAAAUUCUUGGAAGAGACGCAGUGGAAACAGAUCCAGUUCGAGGCCGAUCGUGCCAAGACAAAGGACUGCAGCGGGGGUCAGAGCUGAGCGCCAGCGCCAUCCCUCAGUGGGAUGAAAAGGAUGACCAGGCCCCUCUGACAGGU